AAUCCGCUACAUUCUAUGGAUGAUCAAAAUCUGACCUCCAUCAACAUCUUACCUGCUUACAGUCGGAAAGUUCACCUCUGGAAGCCAGUUGUCUUAACCCUUCACCUAAUCCCUGUACUUCGAUGAAAACUUGAAGAACACCUCAAAAGACGUGUGGUCUUCAUAGAGCUGCCUUUUUCCCUUGAGGUGCGACGUGCUGCUUUUCUAUCUUGCCACCUACCCCCUGUAACCGUACCCACACAUUUCUCACAUCCUCUUCCCCUAUAAAUGCCACAGUGCUUCAUUUCCCUUCUCACCGAGUCCUCCAACGUUUCAUCUUCCCUUGUCUUCCCUCUUGCCAAAACCUACGUGACAUCGAUCUCAUCUCUCUCCCUCCCUCUCGCCGCCGUCAGCAUGCCCGUCGACGCUACCGCGCCACCCACCGGCAAUGGCCAGACCGUGUGCGUCACCGGUGCCGGCGGUUUCAUCGCCUCCUGGCUGGUGAAGCUCCUGUUGCAGAAAGGAUACACCGUCAAGGGGACGGUGAGAAACCCAGAUGAUCCGAAGAACGCACACCUGACGGCGAUGGAGGGCGCCGCGGAUCGGCUGCUGCUUUGCAAGGCUGAUCUCCUCGACUACGGCGCUCUGCGAGAAGCCAUCGAUGGCUGCCAUGGCGUCUUCCACACUGCUUCUCCCGUCACGGACGACCCUGAGGAAAUGGUGGAGCCGGCUGUGAGGGGCACGAGGUACGUGAUCCAUGCGGCGGCCGACGCUGGCACCGUCCGUCGUGUGGUGUUUACCUCCUCGAUCGGCGCGGUCACCAUGGACCCCGGCCGCGGCCCCGACGUCGUGGUGGACGAGUCGUGCUGGAGCGAUCUCGAGCACUGCAAGAACACAAGGAACUGGUACUGCUACGGGAAGGCGGUGGCGGAGAAGGCGGCGUGGGAGGUGGCGAGGGAGACGGGGGUGGAGCUGGCGGUGGUGAACCCGGUGCUGGCGCUGGGGCCGCUGCUGCAGCCGCAAGUGAACGCCAGCAUCGCCCACAUCCUCAAGUACCUGGACGGGUCGGCGACGAGGUACACCAACGCGGUGCAAGGGUACGUCGACGUGCGGGACGUGGCCGAGGCGCACGUCCGGGUGUUCGAGGAGGAGGCCGCCGCCGGCAAGCGGUUCAUCUGCAUCGAGCGCGUGCUCCACCGCGAGGACGUCGUCCGCAUCCUCUCCAAGCUCUUCCCGGAGUAUCCGGUGCCCAACACGUGUUCCGACGAGGUGAAUCCUCGAAAAAAGCCAUACAAGUUCUCGAACCAACAGCUCAAGGACCUUGGCGUGCAAUUUAGGUCGGUGAUCCAAAGCCUCUAUGACACUGUGAAGAGCCUGCAAGAGAAGGGUCAUCUCCCAUUGCCAUCUCCAAAAAUAAUAUGAAGAUGAUGUGCUAUUGUUGAUGUAUAUGAAUACAUAUAUCGUAUGAUGCAUGUAUGUAUGGAUAUGAUUAUGGUUUCGUUUAAGAUAUUUAUAUAUUUUUCUCCCUUGUUUACCUAA